GCUAAUCCUGAAGUGGCCGUAAAUACGACACCAGUCUCAAUUGCGUGGAGUGAACGCGAUUUAGGAGUCAUUGACGAGCCGAAUGAACCACAGGGAUCGGAUGGAGCACAACAACAGCAAGAAGAUGGCGCAGGCGCACGACGCGAUGCGCACGAGGUAUCUGUUGAUUUCCAAGACGAAGCCGCGGCCUCCAUCCGACAGCCCUCUGAUGUUGGACCGAGAAACUUAAGAGGCACCCAAGAACGUGGUCUUUCAACUCCCGUUCGAGCCAUUCCAAUUAGUCAAUCGAGUGGCGUGGAUCGUGAAUCGCGGAAGCGUAGCCGCAGCAAGUGGCGAUUCAAAAAUUUGUUUGCCAAAGACCUUAUGAAACAAACGAGCCGAAGCAACAAAAGACGACGUAAGCACUGGCAUCCGUUAUUCGAUACAACCGACGAAUGGCUUCUUCUGAACGAUAGUGGACUCUGA